UAGUAAGAAGAGCAUUUGUUCCUGACCCAUGACGCCUAGAUCCUGCCUUCCUUCUGGCGACCCCGAGGUUUGCUGAAGCACUUUCUGUUUGCCAAACAUGUAAUGAUCAUCUUACUCUGUUCCUCAUGCUGGGCUUAUUCCUGGAGUUCAAAAAUGGAGCUGCUUGUAGCAUCUUGGAAGGUCAGGCCUGUGGUUUGCAGGUAGGUGGGCAUUUGGAGGGUAUCACCCAAAGAUGAGCCCAUAGGUGCUCCUCACCUGGCCAUAGAACCCCACCAAACUAGGUCCAAGUUGCUGUGCCUGCUUACAUGACCUAUUUUCUAGCUACCAACAGCUAGCAUUAUCUAUUCUAAACAUCUGGCAGUACCUGCCUGCUUAGUCACCUUGCCCCUGUCUUCAAACAGCUGUAGGGUCCCACCCCCUCUCCACCUCCUUCCAUCUGGGGUCCCUCCCCUUUUUCUUCCUGGAAGGAUCUGGAGGCACCAGAUCCACAAGUCCUGAUGUCUUUAAAAGGAUCCGCCUGGGUAAUAAGGCUCUUGUGGGAGCAGUGACAUUCACAUUGACGCCAGUGAAAGUCCAACUGCCAAUCCCCUUGUGGCCUUCAGCUGGACAUCAUGAGGGCCUGUGUCCCCCUGAUAGUGGCCAUGCUCUGCGGCCUGGCCUGGGCAGGCAAAACGGAGUCAUGUGCAUCCCGCUGUCAUGAGAAAUUUGACCGAGAUGCCUCCUGCCAGUGUGACCGCCGGUGUCCCCAGCAUGGAGACUGCUGUGAAGACUAUGAGCACCUGUGUACCGCUGAAGAGGACCCCAAAGAUCCAGAGCCAUUCCUGGAGUUGGAGGAAGAGGCUGAGGGCGCCCCAGCCAGCAACUUAUACUCCGCACCCGACUCCUGCCAUGGCCGCUGCUGGGAAGCCUUCGACAAGCACCACCCGUGCCACUGUAAUGCCCGCUGCCGGGAGUUUGGAAACUGCUGCGAGGAUUUCGAGAGCCUGUGUGGCCAUGAGGGUUUCUCACACAGCAGCGAUGCCAUCACCAAGGAGGAGCUGCGGAGCAUCUCUGAGAAGAUCUACAGGGCAGACACCAACAAAGCCCAGAAGGAAGACAUCAUUCUCAAUAGCCAAAACCGCAUCCCGCCCUCGGAGACCAGAGACCAAGUGGACUGCUGCCCAGAGCCGCUCUUCACCUACGUCAAUGAGAAGCUCUUCUCCAAGCCGACAUACGCAGCCUUCAUCAACCUCCUCAACAACUACCAGCGCGCCACGGGCCACGGGGAGCACUUCACAGCCCAGCAGCUGGCUGAGCAGGACGCCUUCCUCAGGGAGAUCAUGAGCACGGCCGUCAUGAAGACGCUCUACGGCUUCCUCCACCAGCAGAAUCGCUACAGCUCGGAACAGGAGUUCGUCGACGACUUGAAAAACAUGUGGUUUGGGCUGUACUCAAGAGGCAGUGAAGAGGGCGACUCCAGUGGCUUUGAACACGUCUUCUCAGGGGAAGUCAAAAAAGGCAAGGUCACCGGCUUCCAUAACUGGAUCCGCUUCUACAUGCAGGAGAAGGAGGGGCUGGUGGACUAUUACAGCCACAUCUAUGACGGGCCUUGGGAUUCUUACCCUGAUGUGCUGGCCAUGCAGUUCAACUGGGACGGCUACUACAAGGAAGUGGGCUCAGCUUUCAUCGGCAGCAGCCCUGAGUUUGAGUUCGCCCUCUAUUCCCUGUGCUUCAUCGCCAGGCCAGGCAGAGUGUGCUCACUAAGCCUGGGUGGACAUCCCUUGGCCAUCCAGACCUAUACCUGGGACAAGUCAACCUACGGAAACGGCAAGAAGUACAUCGCCACAGCCUACGUGGUGUCUUCCACCCAAUAAAGCUUCGAGCUAGAAAGGGGCAUGGGGGCAGCGAGAGCUCUUGCAGGCCUGAGAGGCCAUCUGCUCUGCUCUGGAGGGGAGGGGUUGAAGGAGACUGGGAGGGAAAUGCCCACGUGGGCAAGACAGAAAAGAUGCAAAUUAGAGAAACUAAUCUUUGUCUUCUAGCAUUUUGGAAACAGUCCUGGCAGAAGGUGGGACUCCGAUGCCUUCGCAGGGCAGACUGCUUCCUCUGUGGAUUUAAAGCAGCCAGCCUCGGUGGCUCUUUGCCUUGAUGGGAGGUGGAACCCUGACUAAGUCCUUGACCUCUCCAGGCCUCGUGCUUCCUUUUAACGCAAAGGGAAGGGGUUUGCCCCAUUCCUCCUUCGGGGGUUGAUGAAAAGGCAAACCUGAUCACAUUCUUACUGUGAAGGUGUUUUCACUUGUUCUUAGGAAGAACGGCUGUUAAGAAUUGAAGAUUUACAGUGGCUGUUAUUGUACACAGCUCUACAAACUAAUUCUCCCCUAUGCUGGGGCCUUAAAGAAAUUAGGCCCUGGGAGUCGAGGGUGGGUCUUUGGUCUUUUCUAGGGUUUAGAUCCUCUCAGAACAGGGUCUGGAGAGGGUAAUGGGUGGUGCAGUGAGUACAGUGGGGAGGGGGUGGGGGUGGACCUACUGUUUUUGCAGUCAGCAGUCAGUUCAGUAACUGCAUCCGGAAGCUUCCUGCUUGUAGAUAUUUAGCACAGUUACAGAGCUGUAUUUUGAUUCCAAAUAGUUUGUGAAAGUUCCGCCCAUAGGAGGAAGAUUUUUCAUCAGAAGAAGAAAGCAACCUGUAGCUUGAUGUCACUAAUAAUUAUUUUAAGUCUUAUUCAGCAGCCAUAAUUUGCAUAAGUUCUAGAAUGGAAGACAAGGAGACUGGGGCUCUCUAUUUCAACCUCAAUUACGCAUUUCUCCCCUAACCCUCCUGGGCACCAGAUGCUGUCCCACAGAGGGAGACUUGAACUACGGUUUGGAGGGUUUGAGUCUCCAAUUAAAGUCAUUUAAGAAAACUUGAAA